GAUGUGACACAGGCGCUCGAGCUCUUCCAGAAAACGCAGCUUCCUCCUCUCCUGUUAAUCAGACGGGUUAGUGUGUCCGCUGGUUGUACUGUAUCAUGUUCAGAGCCGCCGUCCGACUCUCGGUCUCCGGUGUGCGGAGUCUUACCCGUACACAGCCGAGGUGCCAAGCUCUUGUGGCGUCAAGGUGCUACUCACACGGGGAUAAUGAGACCGAUGAGGAGUUUGAUGCCCGCUGGGUUACAUACUUCAACAACCCAGACAUUGAUGCAUGGGAGCUGAGAAAAGGGCUGAACACACUGAUUGGGUACGAUCUGGUACCAGAGCCAAAGAUCCUCGAGGCUGUGCUGAGAGCCUGUCGGAGAUUAAACGACUUAGCCAGCGCUAUCCGAAUCUUGGAGGCUGUCAAGGACAAAGCAGGACCUCAUAAAGAUAUCUAUCCAUACGUGAUCCAGGAGCUGCGGCCAACAUUAGACGAGCUCGGCAUUUCUACUCCCGAAGAGCUCGGCAUUGAUAAAGUGUAAAUGAACAAAGGACAAACCCAGGAUGCAGCGCCCUUAUAUUUAAAUGUUUGCCUCAUCGAGUGUGCAUGAUGUUUAAUUUGGCCUUCAUUAUGUUCUUUUACAUGUAACAUGUGGAUGAAUAUAAUAAAGAAACUGUACCUUUGCAA